ACACUUCGUCUUCCACGCUCACUCUUCACCUUCCUCAUUCCCACUCUCCCAAAACCGCUUUAACUCUCCUGCAAAACACUUCAACCAUUUCUCCAACCCUUUCACAACCCAAAAACUGUCCAUGGAUUCCGACCCUUUCCGUUUCUUCAUACCCACGAUGGUUCAGUCCUCCAUUUCUGGCUUGGAGGCAUUCGCUUGUGCUCUGUUUUUCAUCUCCGUCUUUGCUCUCUGGCUCAGACCUGGUGGCCUCGCCUGGGCUCUCUGCAAGGUCCGAGCUUGUAACCCUAUUCCCGGCCCACCCGGAUACCCUAUCAUUGGUUCACUGACCAUCUUCACCGGGUCUACACCUCACAGAAUUCUGGCCAAGCUCGCCAGAAGCUUGAAGGCGGAGCCUUUGCUGUCUCUCUCGGUCGGUCUGACCCGGUUUGUGAUCUCAAGUAACCCGGAGACAGCUAAAGAGCUCCUCAACAGUUCAGCUUUUGCUAAUAGGCCCAGAAACGAAACGGCCUACGAGCUUCUGUUUAACAGAGCAAUGGGGUUUGCACCCUACGGUGAGUACUGGAGGGAUCUGAGGAGAAUUGCAGCGACCCAUUUGUUCAGUCCGAAGAGAAUAGCUGGUUCUGAAGGGUUUAGGGUUGAAAUGGGGAUGAAGAUGGUGGAGGAGAUUCGGGGUUUGAUGGUUGCAAAUGGAGAAGUUGAGGCUAAGAAGGUGCUUCAUUUUGGGUCUCUGAACAAUGUGAUGAAGACGGUGUUUGGGAAAUGCUAUGAGUUUGGGGCGGAAGGCAGUGAGGGGCUUGAGCUUGAAGGGUUGGUGAGGGAAGGGUAUGAGUUGCUUGGAAUUUUCAACUGGAAUAACCAUUUUCCGUUUCUGGGGUGGUUGGAUUUUCAGGGUGUGAGGAAGAGGGCUAGGGGUUUGGUUAUGAAGGUGGAAGCUUUUGUGGGUAAGAUCAUUGAGGAACAUAGAGUUAAGAGGGUUAGAGGUGAUAAGUUUGACGAAGAUUGCUCUGGGGAUUUUGUUGAUGUUCUUCUUGAUUUGGAGAAAGAUCAGAAGCUCAGUGAUUCUGACAUGGUUGCUGUUCUUUGGGAAAUGAUCUUCAGAGGAACUGACACAGUGGCUAUUCUGUUAGAGUGGAUUCUUGCAAGGAUGGUUUUGCACCCUGAAAUCCAAUCCAAAUCGCAAAGAGAAAUAGACUCUGUUGUUGGCUCAUCCAGGCCUGUUUCGGGCUCUGACAUCCCCAACCUGCCUUACCUCCAAGCCAUUGUCAAGGAGUCUUUCAGGGUUCACCCACCUGGUCCUCUCCUCUCAUGGGCUCGCAUUGCGAUCCAUGAUGUCUGUGUGGGGCAGAGCUUCGUCCCAGCUGGGACUACAGCCAUGGUGAACAUGUGGGCAAUCACUCACGAUGAGAAUGUCUGGUCUGAGCCGUUGAAGUUCAAGCCGGAGCGCUUCAUGGAGUCGUCUGAGGAUGUGAACAUCAUGGGGUCUGAUCUGAGGUUGGCGCCUUUCGGCUCUGGAAGGAGGGUUUGCCCUGGAAAAGCUUUGGGUUUGGCCACUGUUCAGCUGUGGCUGGCUCAGUUGCUUCAGAGCUUCAACUGGGUUGAGUCUGAUAAUGCUGGUGUGGACUUGGAUGAGUGUUUGAAGCUGUCUAUGGAGAUGAAGAGCCCAUUGGUUUGUAAAGCUGUUGCUAGGGUUGCUUGAACUGAAUAUGCUAAUUCAAAAAUGUGAAUCUCGUACCAGCCCUCUAUUUGUCUUUGAUUAGGUUGCUUAAGUGUAAUAAUAAAUUAAUGAUCGUAGUAGGCAUAUGUAAUGGUCUCGCUAUUAAGCGUGUUUUGUUCUAGUCAUCUGGACCAGUAUUAAUCCUAGUUAUCCGUUUAGUUCUA